AUGACAGCCGUCUCCGAAGCGGCCAAUAUUCUGUUUUAUGUGAAUGCAAUCGGAAAGUCACACGUCGACUUUACCGAUUCGCUCAUUGACAGCCUUGUGGAAAGAGGACAUACUGUGGUGGGUUCGAGGAAACUUUUAUAUCUCAGCCGUCUGUGGAGAUAUCGUAAAGUUUUCAAGUAACAAAUUGUUCAUUUAGGAAUUUUGUACAUUUUAUCAGUUGACAACUAUUUGAUAUCUUUACGGACAGCUGAGAUAUAUUGACAUGAAUAAACGAUAUAUUUUUUUCAGGAUUUGAUAAUAGCGCGGAUGAACGAUCGAGUGUCCGGAAACGGGAAAAGCCGAGCCGAAAGAAUCUACUCGUUCGGCCUGAAAGAUGCGGGUCGAUGGGGUAAAACUGCGCAUUUGCUGGAUCCGUUUGAAGAUCAAAAGUUGGGAUUUAACGGAUUCCGACAGUACACACUCAUUGGAAACGACAUUUGUGAAAGUGAGUGAGCCGACAAUAUCGAAAAAAAAUGAAAUAUUUCCGUUUUUCAGGUGCUCUGGAGGAUGAGGAGCUGUUUCGAUUCAUUUCUGAACGGAAAUACGACGUGGGAAUGGUCUCCUACUUUGACUUUUGUGGAGUUGGAAUUCUGGUGAAGUCGGGAAUUCCGUCGGUCUCCACUUUCAGCGCACUGCCGAUCUUCCCCGUUCAAGCGAUUACGGCGGGACUGCCCAACUCUCAAGUGGUUCCGCUGUUCCAUUCGUACGACCUCACGACCCUCGAGGGAAGAUUCUGGAACCUUCUCAGCUGGGGAUUCAUCAACCUCAUCGAAUUGCCGACGCUCCGGCACGAACAGACGGAACUGCUCAAGAAGAGAUACGGAAAAUCAUUCGAUUUGGAAGAGGUUCUCAGUAAGAUCGAUCUGGCCUUCAUCAAUUCGAACGAAGUGAUGGAGAAGCCACGCCCAAUCCAUCACAGAUUCCAGUACAUUGGAGGAAUCAAUCUGAGAGCGCCGAAUCCGGUGAACCAUCACAUGGACAGACUGUUGUCCCGGCCGGGCAACGGGACCGUCAUCUUCAGUUUCGGAACACAAGUGGCCGGGAAUAAGUACCCGAGGUAUGCGGUCAGAAACUUUGUGAACGUGUUCAAGCGGUUCCCCGAGUACACGUUUCUGUGGAAGUACGAUGUGCAGGAGGACGAGGAGCAACUGUUCGAGGCGGCUCCGAAUGUGUUCCCACUCGACUGGCUUCCACAGACUGAUUUGCUUUGUGAGUUUUCAUAUUGUAUGUCCUAUGAUCAUUACCGAUUCAGAUGAUCCACGUGUCGUCGCCUUCAUCUCCCACUGCGGCCUCAACUCGUUCAACGAGGCCUCGUUCGCCGGCAAACCGAUCCUUGCCAUUCCGCUGUUUGGCGAUCAACCCCAUAACGCUCAAAAUGGUAAGAGAAUUAAGCAGACGGAUCACAUCAGACAUUGUUUUUCAGGCGUCGCUCGUGGCACAACUGUACGUUUGGACAAGACGAAACUGAGCGAGGAGAGCAUCGAGCAGGGACUGCGCACGGUGCUCUUCGACAAAUCGUUCACGGACAACGCGCGGAUGCUUCAGAAAAUGCUGAUCGAGAAGCCGUCGCAGCCGAAGGACCGCUUCGUGCAGUGGGUCGAGUACUCCGCCGCCAACCCGGGACUGCACAGGGUAUUCGAGCUGCCCGGCGCCAGAAUGAGCAUUUUUGAGUAUUAUUGUGUCGACGCCAUGCUCUAUAUGAUUUUCGCGGCUGUUUUGGCCGCGGUUCCGAUUGUCAAGGCUGCAAAGUUUGUGGCUUCGAGCAUCCGCUUUUCUAGAAAGAUCAAAAGUGCCUAG